GGGAGGGUGGCUGGGGAAGGCUGGGAAUGACUGGAGGAAGUCUGAGGCUGGGAGGCACAGUCCAGUCUGGGGUUCAGCCCCCUGGAAGCAGGCGCCUCAGGCCUGGGGCCAACGUGGGGCCUUGGAGCAGGGAGGCCCAAGUCCGGGACCCUCAGAGCCCCCCCUCCCCUUCUGGUCGGGAAGUUUCAGCAGGAAAUCGGACUGCCCGGGGCAGCUGGCACCGCCACCCGAGCCGCCCCCAAGCUGGCAGGAGCAAAGUAACCACCACUGCCAGCCUGGUAACUAACCCGCGCGGACUCAGCAGAAGCCAGCUGGGCGCUGCUUGGCCCGGAGCCCACCCGGAGCUGCCCAGCUCCGAGCCUGGGCACCCCCGCAGUCCUGGCUUUGGGCCGGGUCGGGCACGGAAACUGAGCAGCCCCGGGGGGGCAGGAGCCGGAACUCCCCCCCUCCCCUCCGGCCUCAUAGUCCCAUUUCCCACCCUCAGGAGGGCAGGGGAGGCCAGGGCUGUUCUCGGCCUCUCGCCCUCCUCCUCCUCUCCUUCCUCCUCCCCAGCCACGCCCUCUGCCUCAGUACCCCUCCCCACUUUUCUCUGCAGCCUUGGGGCCGCCCCCUUUCCCCGCCGCCAAGCCUGGUCUUUCCCGGAGAGGACCCAAAGGACUCACCUACCCCCACCCCUUCACUUCAUAAAUCGAUUCUCCAUCCAAGGGGCGCAGGGCGCUUCCGGGAAACAGAUCAGGUAAGGAGCCGGCGGGUCAAACCACUCGCAAGUGUAGGGGAAGGUGUAGACGGCGCCCUGCCCCUCCGCACUUCCUAUGUCCCAGAGGCCUCUGGGCCGCUGCUGUC